CAGUUGUCAAUCUUGACAUAUUUCCGAAUGUUGUUUUCGCAAAUUCACAAUUUAGUGCAAUUGCAUUGUGUGACUAAUUGUGCGUAUCUAGCAGUUAUUUUCUCUAAACUGAUGUAGGAUCGUAAAAAUGUUAGGAAACUUCGAAAACGAGGGCGCGUUUAUACGCAAGUGCAGUGGUACAAAGUUAAGAUACGACCAAGCCUGUUUGGAGAUUUUGACAAACGAGAACAUUACGUUAUGGAGUCAGUAUGAAGAUUGUGAGGAUUGUAUGUUGCUUCCAACAAAGAACUUGCCGACUACUGGUGCUGUGGUGAUCGAAACUUUCAGCCCCCUGCGAUAUGCAAUACGGAAUGCGGUUGGAGAAAUUUGCGAUGGAACUUAUAGAUUCCAGGAAUUUGGUCAGUACAGUAUAAACCUGACUGCAGUGAACAAAGAUGAAUGUCUACCGCGCAUGACAGCUGAACCAGAUGCAGCCUACCUGCCCAUACUCACUGCUGUAGUUGUGUUGUUGUCUAUGGCCACACUCUGGUAUAUUAUCAAGGGGAUUGGGAAACGGAUUGUGGCUGGAAGGCUUUAUGCUACAUAUUUUGCAAGGGAAGACAAUGAGCUAGGAUCUGAAACGAGGGUGCUGACUACCGAAGCGAGUGUACCGCGCUCGCCCACCCGCUCCCGACUUCGCUCGCUUGACAUAUUCAGAGGAUUUACAAUCGCUCUUAUGAUCUUCGUGAACGCAGGCGGCGGCGGGUACGGCAUAUUCUCCCACUCCACCUGGAACGGUAUCACUAUCGCCGAUGUGGUGUUCCCCUGGUUCGCCUUCGCGAUGGGCGAAGCGCUCGUUCUUUCCCUCAACGCUAGACUUAGAACUUCGAUGCCCAGAACCACUGCACUUGCACAGGUCGCCCGUAGAUCGCUUCUCCUGUCACUCAUAGGUAUAUGUCUGGGCUCAGUCAACUCGUCAUGGACCAACGUACGUCUUCCGGGAGUACUUCAGCGGCUGGCGGCGAUGUACCUCAUAACGGGCGCUUUGGAGUGCGCCUUCAUGAGGACCAGCCAGAAUAUAACACCAGGUCGCUCGCUGUUCCGCGACAUUGCUGCGGGCUGGCAACAGUGGCUAGCAACUUUAUCAAUUGUCGCAAUACAAGUGUGCAUAACCUUUAUGGUGCCAGCUCCCGGUUGUCCCCCUGGAUACUCGGGACCUGGUGGUCUACAUCGCACAGCUUUGGGAGACUUCUCGCUGCAGAACUGCACCGGAGGCAUCGCCGGAUAUAUUGACAGACUGCUACUAGGCUCGUCCCAUCUCUACGACCGUGGCACGUUCCGUAAGGUCUAUGACACCGUGGUCUCGCACGACCCGGAAGGCAUCCUGGGCAUCCUCUCCGGUGUAUUGGUGGUGCAAGCCGGAGCUCAUGCCACUAGGAUCAUGCUGGUCUACAAUCAUGCACGGGCUCGAAUAAUGCGCUGGAUAUUCUGGUCGGUUGUCUUCGGGGUGUCUGGCGGCGCUCUCUGUAUGUUCUCCAAGAGCGGCGGCCCCAUCCCCAUCAACAAGAACCUCUGGUCGCUGUCCUACUGCUUGGUGACAGCUUCCAUGGCCUUCUUCAUUCAAGCCGUGCUGUACUUCCUUGUGGACCUCAAAACCAAGUGGGGGGGAAGGCCUCUGUAUUAUGCGGGUCAAAACGCAUUAUUCCUGUACAUCGGCAGCGAGCUUCUGAAACGCCACUUCCCGCUGUACUGGCACGUGCCCGCACCCACACAUUCACAACUGUUAGCCACGCACGCGGCCGCCAUGCUAAUGUGGCUGGCGGUGGGCGUUGCGUUGCACAGGAAACGAAUCUUUAUCACCUUGUAAUAAAGACUAUUGCGUGUUAGUGCCGCUCCAACACACUCGCAAUAUGUGUCUAGCGGUGUGGCCAUGCACUUGAAACUAAUCUGUAUUACCUUGGCAUAAAGACUACUAUGGCGAGUUAAUGCUCGCUCCAACUCACUCAUAGUUCUGAUUGUAUGAAUGCACCGACCUUGUGAGUCUGGCAGUGGGUGUGCACUGGAAACGUAUCUUUAUUGCAUUGGUAUAAAGACUAUUUUUGGGUGUGUCCAUAUCCACAUACGCAGCUGCCAUUCUCAUGUGGCUGGCAACCAGCGUGGCGCUACAUGCGAACGCGUUUAGCACGAUGCAAUAAAGUCUAUUAUUGCGUGUAUCGUGUAACAUGCCCGCACACUUACUAACAUAGCCAUAACGCAGUUCCCAUGUAUAUGUUGCUUAGACGGCAUCAUCACUUGCAAUAUUAUAAUAACGAAUUCAAACGCUAACUUGUAAUAUAAUAUAAAAUGUACAUUAUAACUUGGCUAAUUAGCCAACUUAAGCUUAGUAUUGCAAAAUGUGUUAGCAAAAUGUUUGUUUCGUGUCGAUUAUUGUCAUUAUUUAUAACUCAUUCCCAAGAAUGACGACAGACACGCGAUCGGUCUUAAACAAGAUGCCAAAACAAAAACAAGUCUGUUUUCAAUUUUGAAGACGAC